AUGUCAAGAGAAAUGCCGGCUUUACAGGAUUUUGCGCGAGCUCAGACCGAGUUCAAGGUCCCCCAGCUCAACAUAGGCAAUGGCAAUAUCUACCUGGGAGAUGUUUUUGGAAGGUAUCGCCAGACUGUGAACUUCAACGUGGCAAUAGAUGUUGACCCCUACUGCAGUGCCGAUGACAAGGACGAAGCGCCAAUCUCCGGUGGUCUUUUCCGCAUGACCAAGGGCGAUCCAUUCACAGCAACCUACAAGUACCAUGAAACCCUUAUCGUUUUGGAGGGAAGCUUUAUCGUUACUGACGAUGCUGGGCACGCUUCGACGGCGUCAGCUGGAGAUAUCUAUUGGAUCCCUAAGGGUGCUACAGUGACCAUUGGAACCGAGGAUACGGGUUUGGCGUCUACACGGCACAAAGGCUGAAACGUGGAUGAGGCACGAAACCCAAUUUGGCCUUGAUGGUUGCUUUAGACUUUGUUAUUUCGGCCCCUAAAAGAGAGAACUAUCCAUCGAACCAUGCCUAAUCAGGUAAAACAAUUGCACAAG